CAUCAAAGGUCUACAUUAAGCAUUCAAAGCUUUCCAUCCUUUGCAAUCCAAGCUUCCAAGGCGCGUUUUGGAACCACCAAAGUUGAACUGAAAUCCACAGGCGACAGCUUCUGCGGUGAUGAUCGCUUGAUGACAGCUCAAACCCCAAGGCCUGAAGAGGUUUUACAAUUCAUGUUCUGGGGGGUUGAAGUAAACAUCAAGUGUACAUGUUACCUGGCCCUAUCUAAGAUCUCUUUGAUCUUUGUGGGGGUCAUGUACCUUGAACUUCCCGGAGGUCUACCUGAGCUUCAACUGCUCAGUGGUUCCUCAAGUUCACCUUAGAACUGACACUGACACCAUCACUUUCAGAGAUGAAACGAUACACCCUGGAAAAUGAACAUGGAACCUGAAAACCACUGGGUUGUAAAGGAAACUAGUCUUCCAUGAGUUCCUUUUUUCACCUUCCUUGUUAAGGUUCCCGGGUGUAUUUUUCGUCCAAAAUGGCCGUGAUUCAUGCUUCGUUACCUCCCAUCACGAGCACCCCGCAAAGCCGAUCGACCGAGGAACGACUACGAGCCGUGCGGUCUCUGCGAAGAAGAGGACGACGAGGAGGGCGAGGAGAUUGACAUCUCGGUGGACGUCCCCAUAUGGCUCCCUCGUUGGUUUUUGACCAGCUACUGGGGGGUCCCCAGCGAAGUCAAGGAGCUCAUGAAAGAGAAGAGACUGGUGCCAAAUGAAACGAUGCCGGAAGACAAGAGGUACAAGCUCACGAUGUUUGACAUUUCUGGUCCGCCGGUACUGCUACUCUGGAUGGCCACACUGAUCCAGUGGCCAUUCUUCAUGUUUCUGCCGUGGAUUGCUUUCUACUUCACUGAAUGCAACGGGCUGGGCAUGCCACACUAUGCCACGUGGGUGUGGCUCUUUCCUUUGCCCAUCCUAGUUCUCGUGGUGGGGAUCGAACUCUGGUGCUUCACCUACACCAUUGUGCCGGUGGUUCAAUGGCUAGGAAAUAUGACGACGCCAUUGCGAUCGAAGCCCAGUUUCGGGUUUUGGUUUUAUUGGCAUUUGUCCUUGAGCCUCUGCUCGCACACGGACCUGGUGACCCAGGGCUUCCUUUUAGCCUCGGUCUGCCGGUGGUUCGGCUGCGAAGGUUGGGAUCAGAUCGCCCAGAUCUGGGAGGAUGUGUGGGAGAACUCCAUUUUUGCCUGGAUCACUCCAGGGGAGAACCUGAGAUUUAUUUUGAUCUUCGCUUGGAUCACCACGAUUAUUCAGCUUCCUCUCUUCAUCGCCAGCGCGUUGCCAGCUCGACUCUUCUGCUGCAAGUAUGUGGACUUCGAUUGCCGGAGCGAGAAGGAGGGCUACAACGUCUUCAGUUGUUGGCCUCAAAAUGUGGCAGAAUGCCAAUGGACAACCUCACACAUAUGGCACGCUGAUGCCUUGAAGACUUUGGCGCUUCUGAACCGCAUGGUGUUGGUGCAAGAAGGCCAGCACCAGCUGCAGUUAGAGCGGGCGAAGCACACCAAGCACGACUUGAAUCGAUCCACGCAGAUUCUCAAGAUGGAGUUGAGGCAAAUGAUUCCAAGAAUCGUUCUCCUGAACUUCUUGCAGAACUGCACCAAGUUGGAAGUGCAGACCACCAUCUUCUCCUUGGGGCGGAUGGUGAUGAAAGCGCAUCUGAAUUGGCAAUGCCUUUUCUGCAUUCUCAUUGCUCACAUCACUUCGGCCAACGACUUGUUUCAAAUCUGCCUCCGCGCCAAGAAGAUCGCAGAGGCACGGAAGGAGUCCGCGGCCUCCGACGAGCCAGCAGAUGACAUCGGCACCUUGGGCAUGGAUCGCCCGCCCGCUGAGAGCCGCGCAGCUCCAAGCAGUGCAGCAGUGGACGUUCGAUCAGCAUCGCGAAACCUCGAUGCUAGACCUCAAGCGAUUGAUUCGAUGGAUUGGAUGUUAGCCUUCGUUUGGUGUGCGGCGCUGCUGUGUUUCCUGGUGCAGCUGCAUUCCUUCGGGAAGCUCGUGGGCGCCUUCAUUUGUGAAGAUGCCAUUUGGAAUUUCCCGGACCGUUGCGUGGAUGUUGAUGCCAACUGGCGCUCUUCACCAGGCGGCUGAUCGCGCAGACACGCCGUUGACGCGUCCACGGUGUUCUUCAGAGGGACGUCCGGGCUGUUGAGGAGUUGGUUGUCAUCCCAAAGGGAUCUGAUCUUCCACCCACUCAAACAGCUCGGCAAGACAAGACAUACAUGGCCUAAAAAGGCUGGAGAACGACGGGGCUCAAAAUCGACGAGUUUGCUGGCGGG